CUCACGAGGAAGCAGCAGCCAGAGAAGCUGCUCCCUUUCUCCUCACUCUCUUUAGAGCCGGGAAGGGGUCGGUGGAUGGGCAUUAAUUUGGGCUCAUCCUGCUCCCAGCCGUGGGGCUGAGCCCUGGGCCCCCCCUGACCCCGCUGUCACCCUUCCCGCCGGCUCAGUGCCAUGGCCGUGCUGCUGAGGCUGCUGCUGGCCCUGCUGGGCUGCACCACGGCGCUGGAUCCCGCCCUGGAGGAGGCCUGGGAAGGGUGGAAGCGCCUCCACGCCAAGGAGUACCCAAGGGAGGCUGAGCCCAUCCGCAGGGAGGUCUGGGAGAAGAACCUGUGGCGCAUCCAGCAGCACAACUGGGAGGAGUCGCAGGGGCAGCACAGCUUCCGCCUGGCCAUGAACCACCACGGGGACCUGACAGAUGAGGAGUUUAACCAGCUCCUGAACGGCUUCACCCCAGCACGGCAGGAGGAGCCAGCGCGGCUCUUCCAACCGUCAGAGGCCCUGAAGACCCCGGUGGAGGUGGACUGGAGGGCCAAGGGCUACGUGACACCCGUAAAGAACCAGGGGCACUGCGGGUCCUGCUGGGCCUUCAGCGCCACGGGGGCCUUGGAGGGGCUCGUCUUCAACCGGACGGGGAAGCUGGUGGUGCUGAGCGAGCAGAACCUCAUUGACUGCUCCCGGCAGCUGGGCAACGCCGGCUGCCGCGGCGGGUACAUGAUCCGCGCCUUCCAGUACGUGCGCGACAACGGCGGCUUGAACUCGGAGCACGUCUACCCCUACACGGGCACGGACACGUCCGGCUGCCGGUACGACCCCCGGGACAGGGCAGCCAACUGCUCCGCUCUGCGGACGGUGCCCCAAGGCAAUGAGGAGGCGCUGGAGCAGGCGGUGGCAGCCGUGGGGCCCGUCUCUGUGGCGGUGGAUGCCAGCGGCUUCCACUUCCACUUCUACAAGUCGGGUAUCUUCAGCAGCAUAUUCUGCAGCCAGCGGGUGAACCACGGGAUGUUGGCUGUGGGCUACGGCACGAGCCAGGAGCGCGGGCGCAACGUGAGCUACUGGAUCUUAAAGAACAGCUGGUCGGAGCUGUGGGGCGAGCAGGGCUACAUCCGCCUGCUGAAGGGCGCCGACAACCAGUGCGGGGUGGCCAACCAGGCCAGCUUCCCGGUGCUGUGAGCCGGGACAGCGCUGCCUGCGCAUCCACGCCUGUUUCCUGCUGGAAAUGAGCUUUUCCUGGGAUGAGAAGCAAUUAAAAGCAGCACAGCUAAUGGC